AUGCUCCGCGAAGACGUGUACAGCAGCCAAAGCUACGUCCUAAUCCUUAAGGGGCUAGUGAACACCCUCGCCCAUGUGAGGGAGGAGCGAAGGAGAAGACACCUACUGAAGCUGAUCACCACCUUUGUGGGGUUCCUCCAACGAUAUGUGCACCUGAUGAAUGAGCAGGACGUCACCUUGCUGUUAGAUGUAAUGGCAAAGUGCUCCAUCCGGAAGGCAGAAAUAUGCCAGCUGCUAAUACAGCGGUUAGGUAAAGGUGAAAAGAACACCUUGUUUUACUCCCUCAAUUCUAAAAGCGUCUGUAUCAUUUUGAACAGCCUACACAAGGUGACCGCUCAGGGGAACCACCACCCCCAUCAUCCCUACGACAGGGAAGCUCGCCGCCUAACCAGUGACGUCUUCCACUUUUACAUCCUCAAUAGAUACGAAAGUUUCUCCCUGGGCCAACUGAUCAUUGUCCUUCACUCUAUGCAUCGGUAUGGAUAUGAGAAGUGCAGAGUGGCUGGCUUGAUAAGCUACAUCGCUCAGCGGGUUUUGCAGACCUCCAAUGGGUGGGAGACCUCCAAUGGGGGGAGUGCCAUUGGCGCGUCACCAUCGAGGGGCACCAAAAGGAGGAGCAUCGCAAACAGUUCGGUCGAAUGCGAAAAGGAUCCACAGUGCAACCACAGGGCAGACGAAGGUACACCACUGAGGAGAGGUUCUCCCCCCACUGAUGGCCCCCCACAAACGGAUACCCCCUCGUUUGCAUUUAACCCGCAGAGUAGGCACGAACUCAUCCUUCUGCACACACUCAGCUGCUACAAUUACUGUAACAAUGAGCUGCUUGCCGGCCUCCUGUGCGAAGUUAAGAGGAAGCUAUUCACAUCGUAUAGCGAAAAGGAGGUCUGUAUGUUCCUCUCUGCAGUGAGUAACUACCUGGCCAUUCCCACACCGAAAGGGUUUAAAGUGCACGUAACGGAUGAGGAGAGUAAUCUAAGCGAAAACAAUCAAGUGUGUGCCUCCCAGAUGGUACGCACAUUAGUGCUGAAGGGAAAAAGGCGACUCAGCAGCUACACCAAAUUUAGCAUCGCCACCAUUUAUAUUAUCCUCUCUAAGAUAAAUUUCUUUUACGAGAAUAAACAUGCAGAUGUUUUCUUCCUAGACAAGUUGUUCCUUGUGAAAUUGUUUCCCAAAAAAAAAAAAAAAAUAUUUUUUCCCCUUGAGGAGGAUAAGAUAGCGGUGAAGACGGUCAUCAGUUUGUUAUUUUCGCUCAUUUUGAAUGGCCAAGGGGAGAUCCCCUACUACGGUGCGUUGCUUGACGGUCUGCUCCUGCGGCUGUGGGGCGGCACAGAACGGAGCUCUGGAGAAGCGGUCUCGACAGAAGUGGCCUCCACAGAAGCGGCCUCGAUCGAAGCGACCUUGGGGGAACACCCCCGCGACGCGAACAAAGGCAGGCGGGCGCUCCAACUGCUGUCCGUGCAAAACGCCCACCUCCUCUGUGUGGUUUACACCUACCUACACCUGCACAACAUGCUCGCCCAGCUGAAAAGGACCAACUUACAUUUCUUCCUCCUCCUCUUGAGCCACUUUGACUACAUGAAUUGCGCGCACUUGAGGCAGCACGUGUCGUCUAGAAUUCACGCGGAGGUUAGCGCGACUCUUGGCAUGCUCAAAAAAAAAAAAAAAAUAAAUCUCCUCCUCACCAACGAGUGCUUCGUGUUCCCCUACUACGUGGACAUUUGCCUGGCCGGCCCCUGGGCCUGACGAGUCAGAAGAGGAGAUAGGAGAUAGAAGUGUCAAAAUAGAGGUGUGAAGGUAGAGGUGUGAAGAUAGGAGUGAGAAGGUGAAGGUGAAGGCGACGGUGAAGGCGAAAGCGACGGCGAAGGCGACGUGCGAAAAUGACAGUGACGGUGACCGCAGAGGAAGUGGAUGCCUCCCGGGCGGGAAACAAAACAGCCGUUGGAAGAGGCAGCCGGGUCAUAUCACCCCAGCACUCCCAAUCGAGCGGAGGUGAAACCUUAUCGCCACAUCCUACCGCUCUCAUUACAACCCAGCUGCUGUCCCCCUCGCGUGUGAGAGCGGCUCAUCAUUAGCACAACGCCUCAUCUUCCAGCGCCCUGCCAU